AUGGCUCUGGUUUUUCCAUCGUCCGCUCGGUGGUUCAGUGUGAAAUUCAAGAAGCCACCGAGUCCGAACUACGACAAUAUUCGCCGAGUGGUAUACACGAAAUUUGAGCCAAUACACUUCAUUUUGAAGAAUGACUGCGGCGGGGGCCCAUACAUCUGGGAUCAGUUCUACUACGGCCUGCUGUGCAGCCCCAAAUUUGAAGGUCUGACGUAUCCUGCAAUGUACGAGAUGUUUCACAAGGAAAUGGCGGCAAUUGGCAUGACGCAAAAUCGACUGCGUGUCACGCUGCAGCCCCCCAGCCGAUUUCACCUCAUGCGGCGCGCAGUGCGGUGGCGUUGGGGAAUCGACUGCUAG